CCGACAGGGCCCAGCCCAGGGCUCUCGGGGGCGGCGGGGGAGGGGGCCGCCUCCUGGAAGGUUGCGACCUGUGGCUCGAGGCCCGGCUGAGACCUAGAGCGUGUCCCCGGGAGCCGCCGCCUGGUCUGGGGAUGCUGCCCCGAGGGCGGGCAUCCUACCUGUUGGGCAGGUGGUUUCCUGCCCUGAGGCCCGCACCGUGGAGCUCGAGACUGUCAGCAGAGAACUUCACAGCCCCCGCCCCGCACCUCUAACUGAAGGGACUGGACUGACACAGUUGAAUCAGGCAGCGCAGCCCUGCGUGGCAGAACUAGUACUAAUGCCACCCCUCACUGUCGGCUCUACUUCGUCUUUUACAUACGUUUAACCCCCCGUGACGAUCCUUCCAGGUGGUGAUAUUCAUUCCUGUUUUAAGAAUAAGGACACUGAGGCUUAGUAAGUUUAACUCUGGAAAGGAAGAGAAAUGGAAGUGAAAAAAUUGAGCAUUUCCUGGCAGUUCUUGAUAGUUCUGGUUCUGAUCCUGCAAAUUCUGUCUGCGUUGGAUUUUGACCCAUACAGAGUCCUAGGGGUCAGCCGAACAGCCAGUCAGGCUGAUAUUAAAAAGGCUUAUAAGAAGCUCGCCCGGGAAUGGCAUCCCGACAAAAACAAAGACCCUGGAGCAGAAGACAAGUUCAUUCAGAUCAGCAAGGCUUAUGAGAUUCUUUCCAAUGAAGAAAAGCGAUCCCACUAUGACCACUACGGCGAUGCUGGGGAGAGCCAGGACUACCAGAAGCAGCAGCAGCGAGAAUAUCGCUUCCGCCAUUUCCAUGAGAAUUUUUAUUUUGAUGAAUCCUUCUUUCACUUUCCUUUCAAUUCUGAGCGGCGGGACUCCAUCGAUGAGAAGUAUUUAUUGCACUUUUCCCACUAUGUGAACGAAGUAGUUCCAGACAGCUUCAAGAAACCCUACCUCAUUAAGAUCACCUCGGAUUGGUGCUUCAGUUGUAUCCAUAUCGAGCCUGUUUGGAAAGAAGUAGUCCAAGAACUGGAAGGAUUGGGUGUGGGAAUCGGCGUGGUCCAUGCUGGGUACGAGAGACGCCUGGCCCAUCACCUGGGAGCACACAGCACACCCUCUAUCCUAGGAAUCAUAAAUGGGAAAAUCUCCUUCUUCCACAAUGCAGUUGUUCGUGAGAACCUCCGGCAGUUUGUAGAAAGCCUUCUUCCAGGGAACUUGGUGGAGAAGGUUACAAAUAAAAAUUACAUCCGAUUCCUCUCUGGCUGGCAGCAAGAGAAUAAACCUCACGUCCUUCUGUUCGGCCAGGGGCCUACUGUGCCACUGCUGUACAAGUUGACCGCUUUUGCAUACAAAGAUUAUUUGUCAUUUGGAUAUGUAUAUGUCGGUUUGAGAGGGGUGGAGGAGAUGACCAGGCAGUACAACAUCAAUGUAUAUGCCCCCACCAUCUUGAUCUUUAAAGAGCACAUAAACAAGCCGGCUGACAUGAUUCAGGCUCGAGGUCUGAAGAAGCAGGUCAUUGAAGACUUUAUAACCCAAAACAAGUACCUAUUGGCAGCCAGGCUUACCAGCCAGAAGUUGUUCCAUGAGCUCUGCCCAGUGAAACGAUCUCACCGACAGAGGAAGUACUGUGUGGUCUUACUGACUGCUGAGGCUCCCAAGUUGAGCAGACCCUUCGAGGCCUUCCUGUCCUUUGCCCUGGCAAACACGCAGGACACCGUGCGGUUCGUCCACGUCCACAGUGGGCGGCAACAGGAGUUUGCCCGCAGCCUGCUGCCGGACAGCGAGGUGUUUCAGGGGAAGUCAGCGGUGUCUAUUUUAGAAAGACGUAACACGGCAGGAAGGGUGGUGUAUAAAACCCUGGAAGAUCCCUGGACUGGGAGUGAGAGUGAUAAAUUUAUCCUUUUGGGUUACCUCGACCAACUGCGGAAAGAUCCAGCUCUUCUGUCCUCUGAGGCUGUGCUCCCCGACCUAAUGGACGAGCUUGCUCCCAUCUUUCUCCUCCGGUGGCUCUACUCUGCCUCUGACUACUUGGCCGACUGCUGGGACGGCAUAUUCCAUAGCAACUGGCGGGAGAUGAUGCCCCUCCUGUCCCUCAUCUUCUCUGCCCUCUUCAUCCUCUUCGGCACGGUCAUCGUCCAGGCCUUCAGUGACUCAAAUGACGAGCGAGAGUCCCACCCUCCAGACAAAGAGGAAGCCCCUGAGAAGGUCGGGAAGACUGAGCCGAGCUUCACCAAGGAGAACAGCAGCAAGAUUCCUAAGAAAGGCUUCGUGGAGGUAACAGAACUCACGGAUGUGACAUACACCAGCAACCUGGUGCGCCUUAGGCCAGGCCACAUGAACGUGGUCCUCAUCCUGUCCAAUUCCACCAAGAACAGCCUGCUGCAGAAGUUUGCCCUGGAGGUGUACUCGUUCACUGGCAGCAGCUGCCUGCACUUCUCCUUCCUGAGCCUGGACAAGCACAGAGAGUGGCUGGAAUACUUACUGGAAUUUGCUCAAGACGCAGCCCCGAUCCCAAACCAGUAUGACAAGCACUUCCUGGAGCGGGACUACACUGGCUACGUCCUGGCCCUGAACGGCCACAAGAAAUACUUCUGCCUCUUCAAACCCCAAAAAACAGUGGAAGAGGAGGAAGCCAUGGGGUCCUGCGGUGACCUCGACCCCUCCCUCCCCCUGGGCGAGUCUCGGGGGAGACCCUCCUGCGGCCUGGGACCCCGGCCCAUCAAGGGAAAGCUGAGCAAGUUGUCCCUGUGGAUGGAGCGCCUGUUGGAAGGGUCCCUGCAGAGGUUCUACAUCCCCUCCUGGCCCGAGCUAGACUGAGAGGCUUCAAAAAGAGAUGUGAACUCUCCAGCUUUUUAACAUGCCCCAGGAACAGGUAUUUUUCAGGACUCAGUCACCACGGACAAAGCAUAGAUUUUAGAUUCCUCUUUUAGAACAGUGGUGGGAAGAACCUCUCCGUCCGGCCCUCACUCCCGUCCUCACCUGGGAGGGAAACACGCUACAGGUUCAAAUUCUCUAGAUCAAAAUAUUUCCCUUUGGGUUUUUUGACAUCAGUUGAAUGCCGCACUAUUUAAAUAGACUGCUCAUUCCCUCCUCUUUGCUGCCCCUGUCCCGGGCUCACACCACCUGCCCCUUCCUGGCCCUUCAUUGGAGAAACAGCGGCACCCAGACGGAACCUCAGGAGCCUGUCCCACAAGUCCAGUCACUUACCCCUGCGCACCCUCAGGCCCACGCUGGCCCCUGCUGAGCUUCUGCCCAGGCGCAUGCUCCCCACCCUGACCACCACCUUGCCUUCUCGGCCUGCCCCUUGAACGAGGCCUGGUGCCAAGCAGUCUCAUGCACAGUGGUGGUUGUGGGAGUCAGUGGCAAGAAGUGCAUCUUGCGGGGGAUCCCCCACAGCAGUUUGCCAGCCACAGCUUUGAAAGGAAAGGGUCUAGAGGGGUCUCCGCAUAGGAGCCUGUUUCCUCCCCAGCCAGGGGAAGGGAGGUCUGGGCAGCGGCUGGAGGGAUCCUUUGUGAGCAUCACAUCACCCCUCCAUCCCGGGGAGGAGUCUGCCCAGCAAGAGCACUGUCAUGACUUUGAGCCGUUGACCUGUACGUUCUCAGAUGCCUUUCUGCCUGUCGAUUGUAGGGUGUGGAUAUUAGGAGCCAUAACUUGUGAUCUUGUUCUCUGAACGUAGAUAAGCUGCUAUAUAAAGCCAGUAGAUGUCAGACUGAAAACAGAUUAUUCCUGCCUGCCAGAGUCGGGGAGGAAGCUCUUCACUCCGGUGGCGUCUGUCUAGUAACACUCUAGACACAUCUUUGUAUCAAGGAACUUAAACCCUCAACAACUGUAUUUUGAAUACUGUUACACAAAAAAUGCUUUGUCUUCAAGUCGUCUUUUGUGACAGGUGAGCUCAGAUGGACUCUAGGCCCAUUUUGCAAGCAGCCUGCCUUCCUCCUCUGGCUGUGCUUUGGCACUGCGGCUUUGUCGCUGUUACCCUCUCCCUCAACGGUCAGCUCUGGGUUUGCUGCACACUCUACAUGGGCUCUGGGUCCCUUGAGGGCAGGCCUUUGUUUUUAGGGCCAGACCAUCAGGAAUUUGGACAAUUUCCAAGAGUGGUCUGUCUGUCAAAGCAAAUGCCCUUUUGUAGAGUAAAGGGCAAAAAUCAGGGAUGGGUCAUUUACUAAGUUAGUAUUUCUUUAAUCAUAAUUGCUUUAAACCAAGCCACUUGGAUCCUGAAUAAUUUAAACCUUGAGCUACAGUGGUAAAUAAUAAAUCAUAUGAGCCCAGGAAUUCAUACAGCUUCAUGGAGUCAGGCUAGAGCUUUAUUUAAAUAUAAAUAAAUCACUGCCAGGGCUUCAUUCUUCCCACGAUCCUUUGGAAGUGGAUGCUCACUCUGGAAUCCCUGUCUUGUGGCACCCAGCCCCAAGAGCUCCUCAGCUCUUUGAUACACCAGUCCUUAAAAUUAAUUUCUGGAGUUUUGUUUGGAUACUAGGGACUGAACCCAGGGACACUUUACCACUGAGCCACACUCCCAGCCCUUUUUAUUUUUUGAGACAGGGUCUCACUAAGUUGCUUAGGGCCUCGCUAAGUUGCUGAGGCUGGCUUUGAAUUUGUGAUCCUCCUGCCUUCGCCUCUGAAGCCACUGGGAUCACAGGUGCGCUGUGCCCUGCCGUUGUCUGGAUUUUUUAUGGCCUGUUGCUCAUGUGAACAGUGCUUUGUUCCAUUGGCAGGCUUUUGUUUUUAAUUUCUGGUACUAAUGAAAAACCAAAAAUUCCCCCCGAUUUUCCCCCCUUUUUGUACUAUUAAAAUGAAGAGAACCUACAGACCACUGCACUUUCCAUUUGCACUAGGAAAGGAAAAUGGUGAUUGGAGUUGACAAUAAUCCCGGCAAAUAUUUCAGUCCAAAAAUUCUGCAGCUCUGUCGGGGGCUGAUAGAUGUGUUCCACGAGGACGCUAGGGAGCUUUUUAGAUUGAAUUUUAUCCUUAACCAUGCAAGCCUUUCCUUCUGAAUGUUAUUUCCAUGAGUUUUAUUUUGUGUCAAAUGUAUGAGCCGUUGUCACACUCAGCCAGUGCCACCACUUCUCAUUCUGAUGUACGUAAUCACCGAACCCAGUUGGGGUGUAACUCUCUAGUCUUCAAAUAUCAACGCUGAUGUUCUCAGAGGUGGGUAUUUCUGGUCUGUACAGACUGUGCGUCAUGUUUAGCAGAGGAAUGAGAACUAGCCUGAAGUGAGUCUUUGUAGAAUACUCUCCCAUCUCAGAAAUACUUGUUUAUCGCUCAGGUAUUUGUCUAACACUGACGUCCUUGGCCCUUCCUCUCCACCAGCAGGACUGCCCCGCCUGGGAGGCAUCCUGGUCUCCCAGGAGAGCUGGGUUGUGGUUUUCAAAUAGGUGGAACUCCUCCUGAUUCACAUCCUCUUCUACUCUAGCCUGUUACUUAUUAUCAUCCUAAUCAGUUUGCAGCUGCCAUUAGUGCUUAAGAGUUCCCGUGGUGUAGAAAGACAGGGGAACUAUUGUUAAGUGAUUUGCUUUGUUUGGGAAUAGAAAUUGGAAACAAACACCCAGCCUUGUUUUGUUUUGGGUCCCUUUAAAAUAGAACUUAAAAGCUGAUGCAGGGGCGGGGAUACAGCUCAGUAGGUAGAGUGCUUGCAUCUAGUGCAGAAGGCCCUGGGUUCAAUCCUCAGCACCACACACACACACACACACAAAAACUACUAAAGCUGAUACAGGGCCUGGGGAGUGGCUACACCUGCCUACAACCCUAGCACUGCAAAAUAAAGAAACAUGCAAAACACUCUUAGCCUCAACUUACAUUGUCUCUUGAAAAAACACACGCCAUAUGGCAGCUGCUGACCCUGUUGAGUUUAUUCAGAAAGAUGAUGGUACUUGGGAGACAUAUCUAAGAAGGUGACUAUUUUGCACUUUUGAUACCCUUAGGAACGAAUAACUUAUUUGGCAAAUUGUGUCUUUUUUAUGUUUUAGGGUUUUUUGUUUGUUGUUUUUUUAAGUUUUGUUUUUUGUAUUGUGAACAGGCACUGAAGCUGAUAUUGUUUUAAGACUAUUACAGACUGGAAACAAAUAAACUAUUUUAAUGUGUGA